UACGGUCAGCGGUUUCUUCAUUUCCGUGAGUGCAACACUGUUCUAAGCCCAUGAAAACAAGAUGGCAGACAAGACUGCGAAUCCAAGACCGCAAUUUGGAAAUCGAAUGCUAACAGACCCUUCUAAAGUAUUUGAACAUAACGCUUGGGAUAAUGUUGAAUGGGGAGAAGAGCAAGAAGAAGAGGCACAAGCCAAAAUAGCAGAAAAUGCAGCAGUCAUGGUUGAUGAGCAAUUAAAAGAAAAGUAUGAAAAUGAAGCAAAUCAAUUUUGGGAUGAAUUUUACACACAGCAUCAGAACAGGUUUUUCAAAGACAGACAUUGGCUGUUUACCGAGUUUCCAGAGCUUGACACACCAACUGAGUCAGAAGCUGUUGCAAGUUCUGAGAUGCUAAAUAAUGAAUGUUACCAAAAAGUGACACAGGUUGAGGAAGCAUACCCUGGAGUCCAAGCAAAUAAGCGUAUUCUUGAGGUUGGAUGUGGAGUUGGGAACACUGUUUUUCCUAUUCUUGAAGCCAACAAUGACUGUAAAUUGUUUGUCUACUGCUGCGAUUUCUCACAAACUGCUGUAGAUUUAGUAAAGCAACAUCCAGGAUAUGCGUGUGGUCGCUGCCAUGCCUUUGUCUGUGAUGUCACCCAAACAUCGUUUGAGUACCCAUUUCCAGACUCAUCUCUAGACAUCAUCAUUCUCAUAUUCGUUCUCUCGGCCAUAAGACCAGACAGAAUGCAAGACGUCAUUUGUAGGUUAGCCAAGCUUUUGAAGCCUGGAGGAGUUAUUUUGUUCAGAGAUUAUGGCCGGUAUGACAUGGCGCAACUACGAUUUAAAAAAGGACGAUGUCUUUCUGAUAACUUCUACGUCCGAGGUGACGGAACACGUGUUUACUUCUUCACUCAAGACGAGCUUGCUGAAAUGUUCAGGAAAGCGGGUCUCACAGAAGAACAGAAUUAUGUGGAUCGCCGCUUGCAAGUGAAUCGCGGGCGCCAGCUGCGGAUGUAUCGCAUCUGGAUACAGUGCAAGUACCGCAAGCCCGUAUGAAUGCAGACUCAAAUAACGUUACCCUCGAGUUCUACUGUCUGCACUGAAUGGCAGACAACAGUAAACACAGUCAUAUCUACCCUGUAUCAAAAACUGUGGUCUCGCUACAUUGCUUUAUUUAAGGCAAAAAUGACCUUAUGGACCAGGUAGUGGUGAAAGGGUGGACCAUUGUAAAAUCUAGAGUCGGCGGAAAAAAUCACGUAUCAUUCAUUUUAAGCUUUAUCAUAUAAGUUGACGCUCUACACCAAACAAACAACCCUCUGUUACGGACACCUCAUAUAGAGACCAGACUUUUUCGUGGGGAAUUGGCUUGCUCGGUAUCUUUUAGUUAACGCUUGCUUAUUCGAUUGUUUUCUUAAGAUUUUUGUUUUCUCUAAAUUUUUUUAUUUGGGGGUUUUAUUACUGCCCCUCUAUGUUAAAUGACCAAACAGAAAAAAAUCUGCGAAAUGAAUUAAAAAAGAUAAAAGUAGUAUCUCCCGUUAUUGCGAUAAUUUCGGUCCAAAGGGCGUCGCACAUGCGAUAAUGGUCUGUAGCAAGCUGGGAAAACUAUAAUUUUUAUAGUAAUAUAUAAAACCUAAUAUAAUAUAUAAACCCCCACAUGUAACGCUUUCACUUUUAAAUUCGCCACACUGAAGAUUUGGGUGCCGAUUUUAGAUUUGUGAUACAUUUAGAAAUCUUUAUUCGAAUGAAUAGAAAGCAUUGAUAAUUACAAGAUAGAUGUCACACAAGAGUGGAUCCAGGAUUUGUCAAAGGGGGUCUCCAGCCUGAAUCCGGAAGAGGGAUUGAUAAACCUCCAAAUCAUUCCUUCAAAAUUUUCAGUCCGAUAAUUGAAGGGUAUCCUGGGAUCGCUACUGCGGUGGAAAUGGAAUUUGUACGAUUGGGAACCCUACUACAAUAUACAUUGAUUUGAGUGUUCCUAGUCGUCAAAUCGGCAUCAUCACUACCUAUACCUAUUUCAUACACACAAUCAUUUUUACACACACAAAUAAUUUCAAUAUUAAAAGUCACAGUGAUAAUUUCUAUUUACGAGUCCAGCAAAUGUUAUUUGCUCCAAUAUCCCUCACAGUGUCAGGGAAAAUUAUCUUAAUCUUAACGCUACACUUUGCUGUUCAUGUAAUCUCGAUGUUUUCAAGUUAAGGUGUCAAUAGCAUCUUAACCUCAACUUGUCUUAACAGAACUACAAUAUCUAUCAGAAAUAUAUAUUUAACUGUAAUUUCAACUAUGAA